UCCUGUCACCGCGGCAACAUCAGACGCCGAUCUGACGUCAUCACUGCGCGACCCGUCACCCGGCAACCUCCGUACACAAGACUGAGAGGACGAGAUGAGCGGAACGAGGAGCGGAGCGCCCGGGAGAUCCACCGCCACCCCGGGACAGGGCGUGGCCCGGGUGGCGGCCUCCAAGUCUCGCUCUGAUAAGACCCGGGCGGUGACGGCGGCUCCCAUCCCCCCGCUCAGUGUGGACGUCAUUCCCGGCCGGCUCACCGAGGAGGAAUGGAACUCUAUGGUGACCACGGAGGAGGGCGAGGAGGUGGUGGGGGAGAUUGUGGACUCUCUGAUUGGUCGUGUGAUGGACGAGUGCUACAAAGUCUACAUCCAGAGACAGCUGAUCCCGUUCACCAUCACCCGACUCCGAGACGUCAUGACCCACAUGGUGGAGUGGACCUUCAUUCCUCGGGAUGAGGGAGAAGAUGAGACCGCCCCCGAGGAGCCCCGGCAACAAGAACCUCAGCCAUGUCCUAAUGAUUCCUGGGCUCAGGGGUGUGUCCCCAUCACCCAGCCCGUCCUCACAGCCCGCUCCAGUCUUCCUCAGGCAUCAUCCGAGCACCCCAUUACAUCUAUCCCUGAGCAAGAAGCAGAAACGCAACCCCAGGAGGAGGAAAUUUCCAAAUCUCCCGCUCCUUCUGAGGAUCGGCCUCCAACCUCCGGAGAACUAGAGCCCUCUCCGGAGCUAGAGCCCUCUCCGGAGCUAGAGCCCUCCCUGGAAGAAGAGACAAGAAAAGAGGCUUCGGUGACUCAAAAGUCCCCAUCGGUCAUCCAGCCAACCCCACCACCUAACCCUCCAAAGAAGACGACGGGAUAUCGUCCGUACCGGGGACCUCUACGCUCAGCCGGGCUGAAGAACCUCACAAAGUCCUUGGAGGACACAGAAAAAGAUAUUAUUUUCGAAGAAUUUCUAAAAGCGAAAGAAGAGAGCGGCUUCAAUGAAAACAUCGACCUCUUGCCGACUUCCCUGCACAACAUCCUGAAGAUCCAGCUUGGGAGGCCGCCUCAGAAAAAAGACGUUGUCUACGAUAAUGAAGGCAAUGUUCUUUCUGUGCCCAGACUGGACCUGGCCAAGCUCCCCCAACAUCACGUACGACCCCGCAUUGAGGUGGUGGACUGCAGCAAGGAAGCCGAGUGUCGGGUUAGGAAGUCGGGUCAGGUGGAUGUACGAACACCCAUCCCCCAACCACAAAAAGAGAAGAGAACCAGAGACAAGGGGCCACCUAAACGAUCUCAGAUUACUGGACAGAAGCGUGGCCCUUCAACAUUUGGCUCUCAGACUUUUCAGGCUUACACCUUUACUAGAACAGAUCCCAUGAAGGGCCCGGUGCCCACCACUGCAGGCCUCAUUCUGGAUACCAUCCAGCUUUCCCAUGGAGUGAUUCUACGAGAGGGCAACUCAACGGAACAAGGAUCCAUACAAAGCCUGAGACAGAGAGAGCUGGCCUGGAGGGAGGAAGGCAGCCGGCAGUUACAGCCGAUCCGAUCUUCUAUAACUCUACCGAGUCUAUCCGUGGAUCAGCUAAUAAAGAACAACAUCCCCCAGGUCCAGCCACUUAGGACCUUCAUGCCAGCCUAAACUUUUGUGUAGGACUUGGUAUAUUAUGGUGCCAUCCUAACCUUCUGUUAUUUAGCAACACAUGCACUUGACGUCAUCCUAAAUUUCUGUCCAGCUCUA